GCCUCCCGCCAUAUACCAUCUAAAGCUCUUUGCCCUAGAGCAUGCUUCCCUUGCCCACACCUACGAUCUCGUUAUAUUGGAAAGUAGCAGGAAAAUAUGGCACCAAAAACUAACGGCCGUGCCGUCCAGGCAGAGGACACCAAGAUCUGCGUGGUCAUGGUCGGUUUACCUGCACGUGGGAAGAGUUACAUAGCACAAAAAGCUCAGCGUUAUCUCCAAUGGCUCUCGAUCGAUGCCAAGACCUUCAACGUCGGCAAUUAUCGGCGUCACGAUGCUCCCCAACCGUCAGCGGAUUUCUUCGACAUUAGCAAUGCCGAGGGCGAACAAAAACGUCGGGUUGCUGCUGAGGCUGCCAUCGCUGAUAUGUUGGGCUGGUUCCGGCAAGGCGGUGUGAUUGGGAUACUCGAUGCCACCAAUUCAACAAAGGAGCGACGAAAAUGGGUAUACGACACGUUGAUGCAGGAGGGUAUCGAAGUAUUGUUCGUCGAGUCCAAGUGCGAUAAUGAGAAUCUCAUAAUGGCCAACAUUCGAGACGUCAAGACCACCAGUCCCGAUUAUAAGGGCCAGGACCCGGAAAAGGCUGCCCUAGAUUUUCGCAAUCGGAUAAAGAACUACGAGAAGGUGUACAAAUCCAUAGACGCGGAUGGCGACGAGAGCCAAUAUACCUACCUAAAGAUUAUGGAUGUCGGUGCUCAGGUCAUUAUCAACCGUAUAAAAGACUAUCUUCAGAGUCGGGUUGUUUAUUACCUGAUGAACCUACAUAUUCGACCAAGAUCAGUCUGGCUCUCGAGACACGGUGAAUCGUUGUACAAUCUUUAUGGGAGAAUAGGAGGCGAUGCCGACCUAUCGCAGCGAGGACAUCAGUAUGCCAAGAAGUUACCUGAUCUAGUCCGCCAAUCUGUCGGUGAUGAUCGACCCCUUACGGUGUGGACCUCGACCUUAAAGCGGACAAUACAGACGGCCCGUUUCUUACCCGACAAUUACAAUCAACUGCAGUGGAAAGCGUUAGAUGAGCUCGACGCGGGCGUCUGCGACGGCAUGACCUACCAAGAGAUCAAGGAUGUGUACCCGGAAGAUUUUGUGGCACGCGAUGAGGACAAGUACAAUUACCGUUACCGUGGUGGCGAGUCGUACCGGGAUGUCGUUAUCCGCCUCGAGCCUAUUAUCAUGGAACUCGAGCGCUCCGAAGAUAUUCUCAUCGUUACCCACCAAGCCAUCCUUCGUUGCAUAUACGCCUAUUUCAUGAAGAAAGACCAGUCGCGCAGUCCUUGGAUGAACGUCCCUCUCCACUGCCUCAUCAAGCUAACCCCGCGCGCCUACGGAACCGACGAGGAGAGGUACCAAGCCGAUAUUCCCGCCGUGAGCACGUGGCGCGGCAAGGGCAGCACCGCCAAGCACGAGGAUCCCGUUCCAGAGGCGAACUUGGGAUUUAACGCCACGGCGGCCGUCCAUUAAAUACGAUUUCUUAGCUUGUCGGCCCUUUAGUAUCAUGACCAUAACGAAACAACGUAAACAACAUGCAUAGGCAAUGUGGAAUUAAGGGGACGACGGGCAUCCGGUUGGCGACAAUUGCCAUUAUUGAAGUACCUAGACGAAAUGAUCCGGCGGGCUGUCUCUGAAAGGCGCAUUAACGGAGGAAUUAUACGUGUAUUGGUUUUUUAUUUUGGGGUUUUAUGGAAGCCGGCUCUUGUGGAUAAAAAGAAACUCCCUGCAUAGGUAUUUUAAUAUAGAGUGGGGUGGGUUGCUCGUAUGAGAUGAGAUUCGUGCCCGAGUGUAUGUAUAUGAUAUAUCUAUUCCGCGGAACACCGAAUUGAUUGAUUAUGACAGUCAAAAGAACAUGAAAGUGGCGAUUCUCGACUUCAUUUCAUGUAUAUAGGGUGCGUGGAAAGGGGUUAGUUCUGUGAUACAUUCUUGAAGUAGCUACUAUUGGUCGAAUGGUUGAUC